AUGCCCGCGGGCCCAUCGGAGCAGUUGUGCAUUUUCGAUGCCAGCAGCGACCCUUCCUUUGUGGUGGCGGACCUUCUCUCGCAGGCAGAGCACGGGCCAGACUCACAGGUGGUGGGUGUCUUUGUGGCGCCAUCAGGUGGCCACGACUUCCUGACGAAGGUUCGCCAGGAGUUCGAGCAACAGGUGGCCAAGCUGUCACGCAGAGACAUCACCAAGCAAGCUCUCAGCAAGAGCUUCGUGAUCAUUGUGGAUUCGCUGGAUGCAGCGAUGAGCUUCUCCAAUGGGUACGGGCCGGAGCAUCUGGUGGUGCAAGCUGCCAACCCAGAGGCUUAUUUGGAGCGGGUGGUCAACGCAGGCUCUGUGUUCAUGGGCGCCUUUGCGCCUGAGAGCUGCGGGGACUACGCCAGCGGCACCAACCACUGCCUGCCCACUAGUGGCUAUGCUAGACAGUUUGGAGGUGUCUCCACAGACACGUACCUGAAGUACAUCACCGUGCAGAAGCUGACCCCUGCCGGCCUGAAGCGAGUCGGACCCCAUGUCGAGGUGAUUGCGGAUGUGGAGGAGUUGGAAGCGCACAGGACGAAUGCCGUGACGAUCCGGCUGGCGAAGAUUGGCAGAGAGCUGACCUGGCUGGAGAAGCUUGCAGGUCUCUGCAGCUUUUGCUGA